AUGUUGAAAUCUGCGACAAAAACGAAAUUAAAACCCGUUCCUGCUGCGGACAGUGAUACCGAUUCACUGGCAGACGAUAGCAGCGGCGAAGAUGAGUUUAUGUCCGACGAGGAAUACCCAAUGUCGGCAGAUGAAAUGGAGUUUGGCGAUGAAGGCGAUGACGCACCGGAAGAUACGGAGCAAUCCGUUGAGCCCACGAAAUGGGCCAAAGCGAUGGCAAAGUUCCUGCGCAAAGCUACCGAUGAAAACAUUCUCUCCAAGGCGGCCACGGACGAACAGAAGGAGCGCAAAAAGAAACAAAGUAAAGAGUACGAAUUCGAGCUGGUAAGUGCUGAAGGCGCUGUUAAAAAGGAAGCGGAAUCUACGAACGGUGACCAAACGGAAGACAAACCGUCCGAAUUAAAAUUGGCCCAAGAACUGUUACGACAAAAAGCGGCACUAAAGAAGCUCCGACAGAAAGACAUUCUAGGCCUACGGGUGCGGCCAUCCAUUCAUGAUUAUGAGCGUGAAAGAACGCUGCGGAAAGUGGCCACCCGAGGCACGGUACAACUGUUCAAUGCCGUACGGCAGCAACAGAAGGAAGUGAACCGAAAGCUGGAAGAUGCCGGCAAUCUGGAAUACAAGCGUGACAAGGUGCUCAAAAGUCUCAACCGGAAGGAGUUUUUGGACGUGCUCAUGAACGGACCGCGGGCAAAGUCGGAGCUGGUAGAUAACUUGGUCAAAAAGGAGGAAGAGGAGGACGGCAUCAAAUCAGAGGUGGAUUCGGAAGAUGAACCGAAAUCCACGUGGGGCGCUUUGCGAGCCGAUUUCCUCACGGGGAAGAAAUCGGGUUGGGAUAAAGAGGACGGUCAGGAAGAAUCGAAAGUUCCGGACGAUCUAGACGACGAUAUCGGGUCGGGUUCGGACAUGGAGUAG